AUGUCGGAGAAGGUCUGCAGCCACCACAAAAACAAGCGGCAGAAAAUCCUCCGCCGCCUCUGCGCCGCUCUCCUCGUCCUCAUCUUCCUCAUCCUCAUAGUCUGGGCCGUCCUCCAGCCCCACAAGCCCCGAUUCGUCCUCCAGGACGCCACCAUCUUCUCCCUCAACGUCUCCGCCCCAAACGUCAUCUCCACCACCUUACAGGUCACCAUCACCUCCCACAACCCCAACUCCCGAAUCGGCGUCUACUACGACCGCCUCGCCGCCUACGCCACCUACCACAGCCAGCAGGUCACCUACGCCACCGCCAUCCCGCCCGUCUACCAGGGCCACCAUGACCUCAACGUCUGGUCCCCUUUCCUCUACGGCAACAACGUCCCCGUCGCACCCUACAACGGCCUCGCCCUCCGCCAGGACCAGUCCGCCGGCGCCGUCCGCCUCACCGUCAAGGUCACCGGCCGGGUCAAGUGGAGGGUCGGUGCCUUCGUCUCCGGCCGCUACCAUAUCCACGUCACCUGCUCGGCGUACAUCCCACUCGGCAACGGCAGGAGCUCCGGCGGUAUAGUCGUCGGCGACGGGAUCAAGUACCAGCUCUCGCAGGGCUGUAGCGUCAGUGUGUGA